AUGACGCUCUUCAUCACCUCAUGCCUAUGGCUUGCUUUGGGAUUCCAGUUGGCUGAUUGCGUGCUGGAACUGCCUGUCUUCUCAGAGCCGAAGGGUCAUCACAGCGGGGCUCGAGUUCGUGCCAGACAAUCGCAAGGACCGCUGGAAGGUGACAUAUAUUAUAAUAAUUACUGGUAUCCCUAUGGUGGCUACUACAUCGACAUCACGAUAGGCACUCCGCCACAGCGACAGACAGUAUGGGUCAGUACCGGCUCUGUGGACCUCUACGUCGAUUCGAUCACCGCUGCCACUUGCAACUCCUCCUCUGCUACACCAGGACCUUGUCGCGGGGGAACGUUUAAUUCUUCUGCAUCGGGCACCUACGAAGAAGUUGCCGAAUCGCCCGCUUUUGAAGUCAGCUAUGCAGAUGGCAAUGAGAUUAUUGGCCCUAUUGGGAGCGAUGUACUUGGGAUUGGGCAAUUACAACUUGAAGAUGUACAGUUCGGCGUCGGGGAAGAAAUCAAUGUCAACGAAGAGUAUCCCCUAGCCAUGAUGGGGCUUGGAUACUCAACACUAUCGUCCGUAAACCGCACUGGUUUGUCACGGCCAUAUCAAAAUGUGCCUGAGGUCAUGGUACGCGCGAACCUGUCUGAAAGUAGACUGUUCUCCAUCGCGCUCGGUCGCCCAGAUACAUCAGGCUCCCUUGUAUUUGGUGGCCUUGACACAACGCGAUACGUUGGAGAGCUUGCAACUAUUGAUCUGAUGAAUAAUACCAGACCAUAUAUUGGUAUUGAUGGCAAGAAUACCACUGCACCCCGUCGAUUCAUCACAACCAUUACUGGAGCCGAAUUCACGGCUGGCAAUAACACGACAACGCUGUGGUCAUCAGAUGCAGAAGGCAUGGCGGCUUGGAACCUCGACGAUCCUGCUGUGGCUGUGAUCCCGUCAACUGCUUCGCAGACCAUGCUACUGCCCUAUGGACAUUACGCGGCGUAUAUUUUGCCCUACUUUCCAUUUCUCACUCCAAACGGGUCUUGCAUCUGCGAUUACGCUGACACCGAAGAUAAGAUCACAUUCACUUUUGGUGGCAAGAUUAAGAUUGAGGUGGGUGUCAAGGACCUUAUCAAGCAGCCGGUUGAUUUGGCGGCUGGCAGGCCGCUGCAGUACGCCAAUGGAUCUGACCAGUGUACAUUCAUGAUCACUCCGGACUUUAGGGAAGACGAAGACGAGAAGACUUGGUACAGUCUUGGAGGGCCAGUUCUGGAAAGCAUGUUCAUGGUAUUCGACAUGGACAACAAUCAGAUCUCGAUCGCGCAAGCCGCUACCGAAGUGGCCGAAACUUCUAAUAUCAUCGCAAUCGAAGCGGGCCCGGGUCAAGUCGCCAGAGUGGCCGCCAGCCUCAGACCCUCCGCAACUCCCUCCGGUGGUGUUCCUACUCCAUCAGGUACCCACACACCAGUGCCAGAUCCGACCCCUGUCAACACGGGCGCCAUAGCUGGAGGCGUUGUCGGCGGCGUAGGAGGACUCGCCCUGAUUGGUGCAGCAGCUUACUUCCUCGUGCGACGGAAGAGAAAGACAGAGAUGCGACCGAUGUCUGAAGUACAGAAUGAUUUUGGUCAGGAUUUCGAUGGCACGUAUGUACAACAGCCGAAGAACCCGAGGUACAAUGGGGAUCCUACGCUUGAAUGAGAUCUUGCGUCGAGGUGAGAUGAGCAGAUAGGAGUGGUGAUGGCAUGGAGAGGAGUAUAUAGCUGAUGAUGAAAUGAUUUGAUGUUGUGCACACAA